AUCGCGCUGCGCGUUCGCAAGACUUCAGAUAAACUUCUGUGCCGCACUCUGCAGUUAAUACAGUGGUUUGGAACGAAAAGCUUAGGAUCCAGCAAAAACACGUUAAAAGGCAGCAAUUCCUGUCCGGUUCAUAUUGUCGAACCGAAUCUUGGCACCAUGGAUGAUCUUGACGCUUUGCUGGCGGACCUGGAGUCCACCACCUCUCACAUCUCCAAGCGGCCGGUGUUCCUGCCGGAGGAGACUCCGUACUCCUACCCCACUGGCGGGCCCACCUACCAGGACGUGGGCGUCCCGCCACCCGUGCCCCCCCCCCCCUCGGCCGAAGCCCUCAACGGAACUGUGAUUGACCCCCCCUCGCACCACUCGUCCCAGCAGUCCUUUGGCUCCGCCCAGAAGAACUCGUGGUCCCAGGAGAGCAGCAGCCCCCCUCCUUCCCGUGGAGAAGAAGACCACGUCUACAGUUUCCCCAACAAGCAUAAGCCCACCGACCCCUCUGCAGCCAUGAGCUCCUCCCUGGGCAGCAAUCUGUCAGAGCUGGACCGGCUGCUCCUGGAGCUCAAUGCUGUGCAGCACAACUCCCCCUCCUUCCCCACCACAGAGGAAGCCGCUCCCCCUCUGCCGUCCUGCAGCAUCACUCACUACGCGCAGGAGAACGGAGGCUCCGCCCCCGUCAAGGUGGCCCCUCCCACCAAAGAGAAGCCCAAGCGCAACGGCGCCCGCGGGAUCGACGACGUGCGGCCCAGCGUGGAGAGCCUGCUGGAUGAGCUGGAGAGCUCCGUCCCCAGCCCCACUCCCACGCCUUCGGCGGUUCAGAACGACUUGACGGACGAGCAGCUUGAAGCAGACAGCCAGGAGCAGGCCCGGAUCUCUGCCUCCUCUGCCACACGCGAGCUGGAUGAGCUCAUGGCCUCCCUGUCAGACUUUAAGCCCAGCUCUCUGGGGUCUCUCAAUUUAGAGCCCCUCCUUGAUCAGGGAGGGGUAGCCACUACCCCUCCACAACCAGCUGUCCCCGCAGGCCCCGCUCCUAGCCUCCUACCCGCCAAUCCCACCUGCGAGUCCCCCCCUCUCCUCCCCCCCAUCGCCCUGGAGCUGCACAUUGUGGAGGCUGGAGAUCCAGGGAGUGCCGGUCAGCCCAGAAGCCCCUCCGCCUCCGCUCCUGGUCCGGUCUCAAGCCCCUGCCCUGAACCGUCCUCCUCUGAAAGCACCCAGAACUCGGAGCCUGUCACUGCGGUGUCGAAGGCCGAAGAACCCAGCCUGGACUCUGUGAUCGAUGUUUCGGCCUCCAUGCUGCGCACUCCUUUGGAGUCCCUGGUGGUGCUGGUCCAUAACACAGACCAUCGCCCCCUGUCCCCCGCUCGUCCCAAUUUGCCCCUCAUUACUGAGGCCUCUGGGAGUCCUGUCCCCUCUCACCUGGAGAAUUCUUCUGCUGCAGCUAAAGGCCCCAGUCCCUCACCCACGUCCGAUCACAAACCCUCUACUCCACCUGUCUGUAGCAAGAGUCCUACUCCACCCCCACUCUCUGCUGCCAGCAAGAGUCCUACUCCACCCCCACUCUCUGCUGCCAAGUCCUCUUCUCCAUCUCCUGUAUCUGCUAAGUCCGUCACUCCACCCAUCUUCACCAAGUCCCCAACCCCACCUCCUGCUUCUGCUGCAAAGUCUUCUUCUCCUUCUCCUGUGCCUCUGAUUAAGUCUGCCACUCCACCUGUCUCAACCCCACCUCCUGCCUCUAAGUCUGAUGAACCGCUGCCUGCCUCAAGUGCAAAAGCAUCUACUCCACCAGCUAGUCCCGAGACCAAACCCAAAAAAGAGGACCCCUUUCCUAGCACAGAGCCCUCUCUGGAGGAGGCCCUGGACAACCUGCUGGCCAUGAGCUUCACUGAGCCGGAGAAGGUCCGCCGGCCGCCGGUGGGGGAGCCUCUGCAGGAGGUGCGCGAGGAGGUGAUCCUAGCGGCCGACAGGAGCCAGUUGCUGCCGGACAUGCACGCGAGGGAGGAGGACAAGAGGGACCUGAUGGACUGGUUCGACCUGGAGAUGAAGAUGUCCGAUGACGGCCGGGACGGGGCCAUCACCCCCCUCACGGAGGCCAGCUGGAUGGAGGGGUCCCUGACCCCCACCUCCUGCCCCGGCUCGCCGGACGUACAGAUGGACCUGCCCCUGUCGCAGCCGUCAGCCGUGGAGAGGAUCUCCGCCUCUGGCCAUAUCAAGUCUGUGAUAAGGCGCACCAAGGAGACGUCCAACGUGCACCCCAUGUUCCGCGAGGGCCACCCCCGGCGCAAGCUGGGGCCCAUCAUCUUCAACAAGAGCAGCUCGCAGGACCGGCUGAUCGAGGAGCUGCAGGGGAAGCUGGGCAUCGGGCGCAGCGAGCGCCGCCGCAAGCAGCAGGACGACUGGCUCACCGAGGGCGUCAUCGUCAUGUCCACGCCCCAGCGCUUCCGCGAGGAGAGGCCCGCCGCGGAGGUGGACAAGAUCAUUAUUCCUCCGGAGUCGCCCGUCCUACAGAGGAAGGUUAUCCCCCCACCCCUGUCCCCCCCGGCCCCUCGACGUCCCCCUCCCAUGGAGGAGCCGAAAAGGCCUCCCCCAGUCAAGCAGACCCCUCCUCCGUUGCCUCCUCCGCCCCCACCUCCCUCUCCUCCUCCCCAACCCCCUCAACCUGCCCAGCCCCCUCCCCCUCAGCUGCCGCCAAAUCCUGAACCCCUCCGUGCCCAACCGCCCAUAAAGAGAGCCCCUCCCCCUGUGCAGGCUCCUCCUCCUGCCCCUGUGGCCCCUCCUCUUCUCGUUCAGGCUCCUCCUCCUUCUCCCCCCAAGGCCCUGGUGUCGAUAGCCUGCCAGACAGAAGAAGACUCCCUCUUCCCUCCCAUGCAGGCAGAGGUCUCUGCCUGGGGUUCGAUAAUGGCCCAGGGGAAGGGCGGCGGCUCGCCCACAGCGCCCCGGAAACAGGUCAACAAGCUGGACAACAUGCUGGGCAGCCUGCAGUCGGACCUGAACAGGCUGGGCGUGCAGACGGUGGCUAAGGGCGUGUGCGGAGCCUGCAACAAACCCAUCGUCGGGCAGGUGGUGACCGCGAUGGGCAGGACGUGGCACCCAGAGCACUUCGUCUGCACCCACUGCCAGGACGAGAUCGGUUCCCGCAACUUCUUUGAGCGCGACGGGCAGCCCUACUGCGAGAAGGACUACCACAACCUUUUCUCCCCACGCUGCUACUACUGCAACGGCCCCAUCCUGGAUAAAGUUGUGACGGCACUGGACAGGACUUGGCACCCGGAGCAUUUUUUCUGUGCCCAGUGCGGGGCGUUCUUCGGCCCAGAGGGUUUCCAUGAGAAGGAUGGGAAGGCGUAUUGCAGGAAGGACUACUUUGACAUGUUUGCACCCAAGUGCGGAGGCUGUGCCCGUGCCAUCCUGGAGAACUACAUCUCUGCACUGAACUCCCUGUGGCACCCAGAAUGCUUUGUAUGCAGGGAGUGCUUCACCCCCUUUGUGAACGGGAGUUUCUUCGAGCACGACGGGCAGCCCUACUGCGAGGUGCACUACCACGAGCGGCGCGGCUCGCUCUGCUCCGGCUGCCAGAAGCCCAUCACCGGCCGCUGCAUCACCGCCAUGGCCAAGAAGUUCCACCCCGAGCACUUCGUCUGCGCCUUCUGCCUCAAGCAGCUCAACAAGGGCACCUUCAAGGAGCAGAACGACAAGCCCUACUGCCAGAGCUGCUUCGUCAAGCUCUUCAGCUAACUUGGGGACAGAGGGCAUCAGUCUGUUCUGUCCCCCCCCUAACCCCCCCCCCCCCCCCCUUGUGUGCGCGUGUUUGCGCUUCAACAUCCGCUGGGAGAGCAGUGGCGCCUUUGCUCAGUUCUGUCACAAUGAGGAAUGUUGUUUGUCUUUUUGUGUGGAUGUUUGUAAUUGUUUGUGUGCGUGCGAGUGUACAUGCCUUUCAGCAUGUUUGCAGGUGUAAAUACACAUGCGUGUAUGUGUGUGCGCGUGUGCGUGUGUGUGUACAUUUGCACAUUUGUGUGUGUGCAGACCACCAUGGGGAGAGGGGGAGGGGGUGGGGGUAGUGCCAUCAUGGGGAAGACGGUGGCUAAAUUUGCGCAUCUUGUUUGUGGCUCAGUUUGUGGCCCCCCUCUGAUUGCCCCAAGCACACGAUUGGCUGGGGCAGGAAGUGCAGCUGUGUCAACUUUAAAAGUGAGAUUUUUUUAAGAAAGCCAAAAUAGUUUUGCUUUGUGAUUACUGGAGAAACAUUGCGCAUUGUAGAUACAGGAAGGAGUAUUCAUUAGAAAGCUUGGAGGGCGCUGCUCACUGGUUGAGUGUGUAUUUUGGAAACCUUUUAGAAUCAUUUGUUCAGAGCUUGGCUCAGUUGACCUGUAUGAACAAUGAUUGUUUUUGUUUUGUUUUUAAAUCAUGUGAAUCUUCUCCCCUUCAUCACAUGACCAAUGUGAUGCGGUCCGACACCGUGAUUGGACAAACGGUCCCUUUGAGAGGUUAGGAGAUGAGCGUUGCUUAUUGGUGUCUCAGUAAAUCUUCACAUGAAGGGGACAAAUAUAUUUAAUAUGAGAUCUGAUUAUUUUUAGCAUGGACUUGGUAACAGGCCGUGAUCAGGAUGUGGUUGUGUUUUUAUUCUUAGGAAGCACACAGGGGGUGUCAUGUGAGUAGCUGAUCUCAUGAACACACACACACACGCACACGCACACACCACAUGUGCACACACACAGCAGAAACUACUGUUCUGCAACCACAUUUUGCACAUAUAGGACGUCUUUCUCUGCUCCUACAGAAAGCACAGACAGUACAUGAGCACUCGAGAACCAGACGCUGUGUCUUUCCGUCUUCUCAAACCCGUGUACAUUUUUUUAUGACACUUAUUACAGCUAAAUACGGUCAACACAGUGACGUGAUAUUUUUGUAAACUUUUCCGAAGGAAUUUUUCACAUUUAUGGAAAACACUUGCUUUAAAAUAGAGCUGAAGUGUACAUUCAUUUUUCUACCAAGCUGAGUACAUCUACCUACAGUACAGAUAUUUGCCAUGCUAUUACACAGAUCCUUUUUAUUUAACAUGCAAGCAAAGGAAAUGUUGCACUACUGCUGAUUCACCGCUUGCUCCUGUUUGGAAAAUGCUGUUCACUCUUUUUCCAUGGAGCAUAAAAUGUUGGGGUAAUCCACAGCCAGCAGUAAAGGGGCAGAAUUCUCCAUCGUGGUGACUCCUCGAUGACUUUCACAUCAUGGGAAUGGAAGUCCAGGGAUACCAGCGAGAUGCUGCUGUGUUCUUGAACGUGUGAGAGUGCAGUUCUGAGUGUUCUGGAGAGCACACCAAGUCAAAAUGUGAAAAAAAAUAUUUCCCCUUUUCACUCUCUCUAAGAAAGCAGAAAUCUCUCAACUCUUAUAUCAGGAGUGAAAUGUUAAGUUAUUCUGCUUUAUAGCAAGAAUUGCCAGUCUGAUUAAAUCAUUUUUUUUCUUUCUCAUCAAUUAUAUUUUGAUGUACAUCCUGAAGUUUAGGACAGAAUCAUUAAAAAUGUGUUUCCUUUUUGUUAUGGCUAUAUAAAAGCAUAUGUGUGUUUUAUAUCUAAAGGAGAACCACUCUAGUUGUUUCACAUGAGCUGAUGUGAAUUGGAACCUCAGUUGUAUCUUCUGGAAAGACUUGUUGCCAUGAAGAUGCUUGUGACAUCACUGUACAAUGUUUCUCCAAAGACAUUUUACUUUAUAACUUUGUGAAUUGAAUUUGUGAAAUGUUUGGGUUUUCUGUCCCAGUAUCUCCUUGGCAACAUAAGGCAAUACUGGAGCGGCCUCAAAACUGCUGUUCUUUUAACUAUGCAUUUUCAAAUGUUUUUUUAUUUUAUUAUUAUUUUGUGUUAUAACAAAUCAUCUUUUUUUGCCAAGAAAUGCAUCUCUUGUGCAGGUCUUAAAAUUUGGGCUUACUAUGGAGAGAGGUUAUUUUGCAAUGGUCCUUUUAUUUUAAAUGUAGAGACAAGUGUUGCCAUGAUUAUCAAGUAAAUAUCGGCAUGGUUACAGGCAAGGUUUUUAGACCAACACUAAUAUUAAUGUAUAAUACAUUGACCCAGGUCAACAUUGAAGUUCAUAAUGCUCAAACCGCAGAUCUCUCUAAUUAACAUGACACAUGCAGAUGACGCAUGCUGGUGCAAACAUUAUCCACGGAGGCCUAUAGACUGAAGCACAUUUUCUGAUAUUUGCCUAUAUGAAGGUUAUUACUUCACAUAUGUUGCUUAGGACAAAGGGUUAGUGUGUAUGUAUUCGACCUGCCAAACUUUCUACAGUCAGACAAGUUGAAGAACAAGGGCACCUCUGAAAAGAAAUGAAGACAUUUGGCUGGCUAAAGAAAUUUUAAUAUGGAAGUUUGUGCUUUUUUUUCCUGUUUUCACUCAUAAAAUUGUAUAUUUGCAUAUAUUGGAUAUUGGAUAGUAUUUUUUUAUUUGUCCCCUAAAAAUAAACAAAGGAGUAAUGUUUUCCUGAUUUUUCAAACAAAUACAGGAAAAGAUAUUGCUGUAAAUAUAUCACUUUGUAUUGUAUUUCCAUGCAGUUAAAACUUUUUCAAAGUAUAAAUCAGUGCUUGUGCCAAAAUGUCAAUGCAAUGUCUUUUACACUGUGUGCAGUUUAAAUGGUGGGGCUUUCCAUUACUUGCUGGAAGCGGAUUUAGUGCAGCCAUUAUGAUGUAAAAGGUAGAUAGUGGCCAGCCCUGAUGCAUCAGUUCUGGAUUUUCUUUUCCAUUGCUCUUCAGUGUCCACUGGAAGAGCACAGAGGUGUGACACUGUAGGGUAGGGAAACCUGUCCUAAAAGUGUGGGCCACCCUCUUGAUUUUUGGUCCUCCCACUUGAACUGUAACCAGUACGGCACGUGAUUUUGUGCAUGUGCACGUGCCCGUGAGAGUGCGUACACUUGCACGGCUCUGCGUGCGUGCGUGUGUGGAGAGACAUCCGAUGGAACGGUCAGUCAUCACUCCAGAGUGUUAUUUAUACAACCUCAGGGGCUAUGCAAACAAAUGUGAAAGCCGUGAGUUUAGUAUUCAUCAUUCUAUUUCAGUAUGGUAAGAAGUGUGCCUAGAUGAAAGCUUGAUUUAAAGAAGGUUGCUUUGAAGGACUACCGUGAGUGGCUAAGGGAGAAUGUGUUUGCCAGCAGUUUCUCUGCUGUUCCGUUAUACAAGCGCUGUUUUACACUGGUUGGUAUUUGAGGGUUUUACUAUAUUUUCAUAUUGCUGCAGGGGCCUUCUUGUUUUAUUCUCUGGAACAUUUUCUUUUGGGAUCUAACUACCAGCUGUUUUAGUGUUUCUUUUGCCCUGAACCACCCUGUACUUUGUGGAUUCUAAUUAAACCUUGUCAUUUAAUUGGUGUUUACAUCUAAAUCAUAUCCGAUUAUCUCUUCAUUUAACCAAAGGGAAGUUCAAAAGACUAUUUUUUCCACCUGCUAGUGAAGUCUUGUUCUGUUCAGAUUUUAUUAUUAUUAUUAUUAUUGUUAUUAUUUCUCCUCAACAAAUCAUAUGUAAUGGCCUUAAUUUUUCUUGGUUUCUGAACCUGAUUGCUGAUCCAUUUCAUGUCAUGUGAUUACACCAAUAAAAAAAUCCCUUUUUGGUACCAUGUG